UAUCCGUGUCAGACAUGGACUGGACAUGGCUGGAAUAAUUUACCUACAUUAUGGAUUUGCAAAACAUAGUCGUUUCUUGUCUGUUCUUCCUCACUGUCCAUCGCGUAUGGAUGACGGAAUUACCACCACCACCACCACAGCACAUUCAAAUCCACUCAUCAGUGUUGAUGUGGAAUUCCCCUGGAGAUGACAGGAAUGUGACUUAUACAGUUCAGUACAGCAGUGCGCCAGGGGAAUUGUGGGACAGCAUGACUGGCUGCAGUCAGCUGCAGUGUGACUUUGCUGCUAAGGAUUUCUAUGGGAAGGUGUUUCGUGUGCGAGCAGAAAGAGGAAACCUGUCAUCAGAUUGGCAGCAGUCAGAGCAGGUUCAAUGCAUACACAUUAACACAUGUGCUCCCAUAAUAAACCUGUCCAUUGUAUCAGACAAAGUGCAACUGCAGAGGAAACACAGAGACAGUAGCCUGAAGAAAGAGUAUGGAGGUCACAUCACCUUUAGACUUCUAUACUGGAAAACAACCAGUCCAAAUGAUAAACAGGAGAAUAAUGAGUAUACCAACCCCAUCAUCAUGAACGACCUUGAGCCAGGAAAGAACUACUGUUUCCAGUUUGACUAUUUGUAUUUCCAUAAACCCUAUGGAAACCCCAGCCGCUUAAUUUGCAAAGAGAUCCCUGAAACAUCUUUUGGUCGGACCCUUCGUGUUAUCGUCUCAGGUGUGCUAACUGUAGUGGUAUUGGCCAUUUUUGGGGGUUGGCUUUAUUUUGCUUACAAAAACUACAGAAAAAUCAAACAAUAUCUUCAGCCACCUCUGGAUAUUCCUCAACACUUUCAAGAGUUUUUGUCAAGUGAAUUUUAUGAGCACCAAGUUGAUCUCCCCAGCAAUCAAGAUGCUGAAGUGGGCAAGAUCAUAACUUUUGCAUCAGAACAGACUCAAAUGGAGCCAAAAGUGGUAGAUAAGGAGAAGAUUUGAGCUCCCUAACACAACCAUUGAAUCUCUGCAUUUCUUUCCCCAAAGACCUGCAGUGGUUGAUCAUAUACAUGUUAAGACUAUGGUCAUCUCAAGCUGUUAGUCUAUCGCUUGCGGUAUGGCAUCUGAGCCAAGGAUGUUGUGGUAACUAGUUUUACUUAUUUUACUGAUUUGCACUGUUCACAUUUCCAUUGCUUCAUUAUUUGUUUAAGCACUUUUUUGUCUCAUUCGUGUUAUUUCUAUUAUGGGAUGUAAGGUUUUCUUGAAGAGUAGCUGUGACUAUAACAUUUUAAACACUAUAAUGAUAAAGAAAACACGAGCAUUAACCAAAAGGACAGCAGCUGUCCUUUGUGUCCGUCCUGUCUGCCUUCGUGUAUUUUAGUGUAUUCUGAUUGGUCCACACCAUGUAUAUGAAUAUAGCAGUCACUGAAUUGGUCAUGAAUGGACCACCUCAUGGCACAAUAUUCCAAUCUGUGAGAGUUAUUGAUGGACAUGUCAAAUUACAUUCUGGGGAAUUGAGAGAUUUACUGGUGAAGGUGUCUUGUCAAUCCUGAAACUGAAACAUUUUAGCUCUAGUUCUCUUUUUUUGCCCUUGAGAUUCUGGCAAUAGUUAUGUUACUUAAAAAAUGAAACUAACAAAACCUUCAGUGUUGAAUAUAUGUUUUAGCAGACAAGUUCUAGUGCAAAUGUUAUUAUUUGAAGAUAUUAUGGACCAAAUUACCUGUAACACAUUAUGUGCUAUCACAUAACACUCAUAUAGGCACAUUAGGUAAUAGAACAGUUUGGUAGCAACCGCAGUGUACUACUUGAUCUUAGCUCAUCACAUGGCCCUAAAUAGGAGUGGCAGGCCUCCUAGAACGGAGGCAUGUAUAUUUUUUAAAAUGUGAUUUACGCUGUUUAGCAUAGAAAGGUUUCUAUUUCAAACUUGUGAGUACUCCAGUCUAUAGAUGUUGUGUCCAUCAUACUAUGCAAAUUAAUAAAUCAGCCAUGUGCUAAGAUAGUGAAUUAAAAAUACCUGUAUUGUUAGUCAGGAAAGAUUUUUGCAUUCAGUGAGAGAGGAGAGGCCAACACUCAGCAAUCUAAUUGAAGUACAUGUGAUGCAACCACGGCAGUAUACAAGAAUUUGUAUACUGAAAAUCUCAGUAUGAUAAUCUCAAUAUACACCCUAUAUAUAAUGUAAAAAAAAACUGCAUUAAAAACUACAGGCUACUUUUUAUAUGAACUCAUGUUGAUUUUACUUUUCAUCUUUGGUAAUGAUAAGGUGAUUGUUCAUCUAAUUCAAUUAUUUAUUUUCUACUGUUCAGGAACUUGUUUAUCUACAACAUCUGCUAAAAACCUUUUAGAAUAGUGUAAUGAUAAACUAUUUACUUAUUUUUUUGUUGUGUAAAUAAUCCUUUUUUUGUGUUGUUUGUUUUUUGUUUUCCAUAAAAACACUAAACAUUUCUCGUGGACCGUAUCUUUUCUCAAGUUAGAAAUUCUUUUCUAGAAAAAUUAUUUGAAUAAGAAAUUAUUUGCGGUUUUAGAGAAGGAAAAGUAUACUUACAUGCUUGUUUACAGAAAAUAUGUAAAGUGCAGAUGCUUUAAUAACUACUUAGGCACAGUAAUGAUAGCACUGUUAGUGGAUUGCAGUCUUUGAACAGGAUAUAUUUUAAUAUUCAAUCUUUGUCUUUAUUUCCAUCUUAGACAUUUUCAGGUUUUCUAUCUCAGUCUCAUGUCAGAAUAAAACUUAAGGUAUAAGAAAUCA